AUGUGUCAUUUUUUUAUCGUCGAUAUUUGCAAAUCACUUGAAGAAGAGCAUAAAAAAUUAAUCGAUGAAAAAGAGCUUUCUCCGUCUUUCACAUCCGUUGUACAAUUUUAUCGUGGACAACGAAUGGAUUGCAAUGAAUUAGAUCAACUAAUGCUAUCGUUAAAUGAGUUUAUUAUUGUUAAAAGCUUUUUAUCUGCCUCAACUGUUCCUGAAGUGGCAUUAAUGUUUACUGGGUCGCAUCUCGGUGGUUAUAAAUCGGAAUGUAUAUUCGUUCUAUUUACAAUUACUAUCGAUAUGAAAGCAAAACAUACUCCAUUCGCCUACAUUAGUCGUCACAGUACAUAUAAAGAUGAAGAUGAAGUUUUAUUUAUGAUGUGUUCAAUAUUUCUGAUCGAGAACAUAAUCUAUGAUGAUACAAAGGGUGUGUGGGUUAUCAAUUUGAGUCUAGUCGAUGAAAACGAUCAACGUCUACUGCAUAAACUUGAUCAACUUGACUGCAGACAUUUACUUGAGUUAUCGUUUGCUACUCAAAUUAUAGAAACCGGACAUCUUAUUCGUCGGUGUUAUUCUCCGAGGCUAAGUUCACUAUACUAUAAUAUUUUAUUACUUGAUUAUUCAACUGAUGAUCCAAUAUGUAAAUGUGCCUGUUAUUCUGGCCUCGGUUGGAAUGCAUUCCUUCAAGAAAAUCAUAAGCUGGUAUUUGCUGAUCAGGAGAAGUUACUUGCUGAUCAGAAUAAAGCACUCGAACAAUGCCCUUCUAUUUCUGAUAAAAGAAGCAAAGGACUGAAGGCUACCAUUCUCAAUCAUAUAGGAGAAAUCUACGAAGCAUAUGGCUCGUUUGAACCUGCACUCCAAUCAUAUACAAAAGCAGCUCUUGAUAUCGGUUCGUUUCGUCUGGAUCAAUAUGAUAUGAUUAGGGAAUUUCCAAUUAUUCCUACAAAGGAAAUCGCAAAGUGGCAUCGAAUUCAAUGUAAUUUCGAUGUUGCUAUAGCCAUUUACGACAAAAUAAUGGAAAUAAAAAAACUGAAUUAUAUCAAGAGUUCAAUGUCUCUUUAUCAUGAGAUAGCUCUGGCAAGCAGUAAUGUACUAUACGGAAACGAUGAUUCAGCACAUAUAAUAUACUGGAAAAAAUUCGUUGAUUUCAGUAGUGCACAUUACCUUUCGAAAUAUUACAAUGAAAUCGCUCGUGAAUAUUAUUCUAUCGGAAAUAGUAUUCUUGAGUAUAAGAAAAUUUUCAGUUUCAAUAGAAUUGAUUUAGCAUUGGAAUGUUAUCGUAAAUCUAUUGAUAUUUUGUCCUAUUACGCACCAAAAGAACAUAAGAUCAUUGCAAAGUGCUAUGGUUCCAUGGCAAAAAUUUAUGUCACAAUAAGUAACAAAGAGUCUCACUCAGCAGCUAUUGAACAUUACGAAAAAGCGCUCGCAAGCAUACCAAGUGACACAUCGAAUGCUUUGUUGAUCGAUCUUCUAAGUUCAUUUUCUAAACAAGUGGCCGAUGCUUAUGUUGUGACUGAUCAGUUUAAUUUGGCAAUAGACUCUUUAUUGAAAGCAAUAGAAUAUGAUAGAAGAUAUCUUCAUGUGACCAUGGACGCAAAUAAACCUUAUUAUGGAAAUGUGGCUGCAAGCACGAAUAAAAAAAUAUCUAUGUGCUACAACAAAAUCGCGGAUAUUUAUGAAAUUCUCGCUUCUAAGUAUCGUAACAAAUCAUUGACUGAUUUAGAAUAUACAGACCCUAUCCAUGAUCUUUUUACUCUUAAGCUCAUUGCUGAGCCUGAUGCUCUUGAACCGCAACCAUUUGAUAAAAGAAUUAUUGAUAUUUUAUUGUCUGCUCAAGCGGUUGUGAAAGCAACAAAAAUUUUCAAAUGUUUGCACGAUCACGAACUUACAUUAUGUGAACGUAAAGAGCAUGGUUACGCCUGCGAUAAAUGUUACACACAUUUUACAUUUGAAGUACCAUCAUGGCGUUGCACAGAACACAAUUAUGAUAAAUGUUGUAGAUGUCUUGCCAAAGAAAUAUACUACUUCAACUGUAAACUACUUGAAGAACUGCAAGGCAUUGAUAAUUCCAAUCAAAUCUGA